UUCAGUCCCUCCUCAACCACCACUCUUUCUGCACUCACCUCAACCGCCAUGGACGCCGCCGCCUCCUCCGCCUCGCCGCCGAAUGGACGACACUAUCACAGCGUCCCUUUCUAUAAACUCUUCUCAUUCGCCGAUCGCUUCGACACUGUGUUGAUGACCGUCGGCACCGUCAGCGCCGUCGCUAAUGGCCUCUCUCAGCCGCUCGUGACGCUCAUUUUCAACAAGAUGAUCAACUCCUUCGGCUCCGCUGAUCAGUCUGACGUCGUCGCUCGAGUUUCCCAGAUUUCCAUAGACUACGUGUAUGUGGGCAUUGGCACUGGAAUUGCUUCAUUCCUACAGGUUGCAUGUUGGAUGGUAACAGGAGAAAGACAGGCAGCACGAAUUCGAGCAUUGUAUUUGAAAACAAUACUAAGACAGGACAUUACAUACUUCGACACUGAAACAUCAACUGGAGAAAUUGUUGGUCGAAUGUCUGGAGACACUGUUCUUAUUCAAAACGCCAUGGGAGAGAAGGUGGGGAAGUUCAUACAGUUAAUAUCAACUUUCUUCGGUGGUUUUGUGAUUGCCUUUGUGAGGGGAUGGCAUCUUGCUGUGGUUCUGCUCUUCUGCAUUCCUGCCAUUGUAGCUGCUGCUGGUGCCGCUUCACUCAUCAUGUCUAGAAUGUCAAGCCGUGCACAGAAUGCUUAUGCUGAAGCUGGGAACGUUGUAGAACAAACCAUUGGAGCCAUUAGAACAGUAGCGUCCUUCACUGGGGAGAAACAAGCUAUCGAGAAAUACAACGAGAAGCUGAAAAUAGCGUACAAGUCAACUGUUCGACAAGGACUUGCCUCAGGUUUAGGACACGGCAUAAUCUUGCUUAUCAUCUUUGGCACUUAUGGGGUUGCUAUAUGGUAUGGAUCCAAGCUUAUCAUUCAGAAGGGGUACAAUGGUGGACAAGUUAUCAAUGUUAUAUUUGCAAUUUUGGCUGGUGGAAUGUCAUUGGGCCAGACAUCACCUGUGCUGAAUGCAUUUGCUUUAGGACAGGCUGCAGCUUACAAAAUGUUCGAGACGAUCGAGCGAAAACCGAUGAUCGACUCCUACGAUGCCAGUGGUGUAGCACCGGAAGACAUACAAGGUGACAUUGAACUUAAAGAUGUCUACUUCAGAUAUCCUGCACGCCCAGAUGUGCAGAUCUUUUCAGGAUUCUCGUUGUCUGUUCCCUGUGGAACCACGGCUGCACUUGUUGGACAGAGCGGAAGCGGGAAGUCAACAGUUAUCAGUUUGCUAGAAAGGUUCUAUGAUCCUGAUUCUGGUGAAGUACUCAUAGAUGGAGUGAAUUUGAAGAAGUUUAAGCUCAAAUGGAUUAGAGAAAAAAUUGGUCUUGUUAGCCAAGAACCCAUUCUCUUUACAGCUACUAUAAAAGAGAACAUACUGUACGGUAAAGAAAAUGCCACAGAAGAAGAGGUCAGAGCGGCUACUGAGCUUGCUAAUGCUGCAAAGUUCAUUGACAAGCUGCCUAAAGGGCUUGAUACAAUGGUAGGCGAGCAUGGUACCCAGCUAUCAGGUGGACAGAAGCAAAGAAUAGCCAUUUCAAGAGCCAUCCUGAAAAAUCCGAGGAUUCUACUCCUGGAUGAAGCUACCAGUGCUUUAGAUUCAGAAUCAGAGCGGAUUGUUCAAGAUGCACUUGUAAGAGUGAUGGCUAACCGGACAACUGUGGUUGUUGCACAUCGCUUGACAACUAUAAGGAAUGCUGACACUAUAGCAGUGGUGCAUCGAGGGAAACUCCUAGAACAAGGAACACAUGAUGAGCUGAUAAAAAAUCCUGAUGGAGCUUAUUCCCAGCUACUCCGUUUGCAAGAAGGAACAAGAACAGGAACAGGAACAGAAACCAAGCCAAUGAUGAGAUCCAUAAGUAGGGGUUCAUCAGGUAGUCGUCAUUCAUUCACAAUCAACUUUGCCAUUCCAGGUUCAGUUCAUAUCCACGAUGAAGAAAUCAAUGAAGACAGACCAGAAAGAAAAGACAUUGAUAUGGAAAAGCCUAAAAGUGUUUCAUUGAAACGAUUAGCAACCUUGAAUAAGCCUGAACUUCCUGUCUUGUUGCUUGGAUGUAUUGCAGCUGUCUUGAAUGGCAUGGCUUUUCCUAUCUUUGGCCUCUUACUCUCAAGUGCCAUUGGAAUGUUCUAUAAACCAGCAAACCAGCUUCAGAAAGAAUCCAAGUUUUGGGCAUUUCUGUAUCUCUGUCUAGGAUGUCUCACAUUCUUUGCUUCAUCUUUGCAGAAUUGCCUUUUUGGAAUUGCAGGCGGAAAGUUAAUCGAACGGAUUCGGUCUUCGACAUUCAAAAAGAUUGUCCACCAACAGAUUAGUUACUUUGAUGAUCCUGCAAACACAAGUGGCGCAAUUGGUGCAAGGUUGUCUACUGAUGCUGCCACAGUUAGAAGGCUUGUAGGGGAUGCCUUGGCCUUAGUAGUCCAGAAUAUUGCGACCAUCACAGUUGGGCUAAUCAUAGGAUUCUCAGCUAACUGGAUACUGGCAAUUGUAAUUCUAGCAGUAUCUCCUUUGCUGCUUACACAAGGCUACCUCCAGGCCAAGUUCACGAAAGGGUUCAGUGCGGAUGCCAAGGUCAUGUAUGAAGAAGCCAGUCAAGUCGCCAGUGAUGCGGUCAGCAGCAUCAGAACCAUUGCAUCAUUUUGCUCUGAGAAGAAGGUGAUGGAUUUAUAUGAAAAGAAAUGUGAGGACCCUGUCAAGAAUGGAGUCCGCCUAGGACUCCUCAGUGGCGCCGGCUUUGGCUUUUCUUUCUUUGCUCUCUUCUGCACAAAUGCCUUUUGCUUCUACAUUGGAUCCAUUCUUGUGAAACAUGGCAAGGCAACAUUCCCUGAAGUCUUCAAGGUCUUUUUUGCUCUUACAAUUACUGCCGUGGGUGUUUCCCAAACCACUGCCUUGGCUCCUGAUAGCACCAAAGCCAAGGACUCCGCUGCCUCUAUAUUUAAAAUACUCGACAGCAAGCCUAACAUUGAUUCAAGCAGCAGCGAAGGUGUGACACUUACCUCUGUAACUGGCAUUAUCGAGUUUGAUCAUGUUAGCUUCAAGUAUCCAACAAGGCCAGAUAUUCAAAUUUUCCGCGAUCUAUGCUUACGCAUCCCAUCCGGAAAGAGUGUUGCAUUGGUUGGUGAGAGUGGCAGCGGGAAAUCGACGAUAAUCAGUCUAAUAGAAAGAUUUUACGACCCAGAUUCGGGGCGUGCUCUUCUUGACGGAGUGGAAAUUCACAAGUUCAAACUGAGGUGGGUGAGACAGCAAAUGGGGUUGGUGAGUCAAGAGCCAAUAUUGUUCAAUGAAACAAUUCGCUCCAACAUAGCUUAUGGAAACCCAGAAAACGCAGCAACCGAGGAAGAGAUAAUAGGAGCAGCAAAAGCAGCCAAUGCCCACAAUUUCAUUUCUUCACUGCCUGGAGGCUACGAAACCUCAGUAGGAGAAAGAGGAGUCCAGUUAUCAGGCGGCCAAAAACAGAGGAUAGCCAUUGCGAGAGCCAUUCUGAAGAACCCAAAAAUUCUUUUACUGGACGAGGCAACGAGCGCGCUGGAUGCCGAGUCCGAGCGCGUGGUUCAAGAAGCAUUAGAUAGAGUGAUGGUUAACAGAACCACCGUCGUCGUCGCCCACCGCCUUGCCACCAUUAGAGGUGCUGACAUUAUUGCUGUUGUCAAAAAUGGUGCAAUUGCAGAGAAGGGCCGCCAUGAGGAGCUGAUGAAGAUCAGUGAUGGCGCUUAUGCAUCCUUGGUGGCACUCCAUUCAAGUUCUUAAUUUUAGGAACAAACUCAACAAAAUAUUCUGUGUUUUUAUAUAUAAAUAUA